AUGUCCACAGCUCACAGACCAACCUGGACGCCCGCGCAGGGAAAGGCCUCACGAGGGAACACGCGACAAUUCAGCGCGCGGGACAUGGCCGCGCAUACGAAGCUCAAGUUCCGCCAGCCGGGGCAGGGCAGGGCUGGGGAAGUGAGCAAGAGGGAUCUGAGAGCGGAGCUGUUGGUUGCGGAGGCGGAGGCUAGGAGGAAACGGAAGGCUGAAGAAGGGGUGGAGGAGAAGCCUAGAUUGGGACUUGUUGAGGGUGUAGAGGUUGGAGAGGGGGAGGAGAGUAAGAGGAGAAAGGUGCUACAGGAGGCGCUGGAGAUGGAUAGGGAUGAUGAUGAGGAGGAGGGUGAGGAGGGAGGGGAGGGGAAAGGGAAGGGGAAGGAACGUGCUCGGGAGGAUGAUGAUGACGAUGAGGACGACGAAGACGACGAAGAUGAUGACGAGGACGAGACUGCUGAGUUGUUGCGCGAACUUGAGAAGAUCAAGCGUGAGCGAGCAGAGGAGAAAGCGCGACUAGACAAGGAGAACUCUGCGACUGCCGAACGGGAACGAGAUGAGGAAAUUGCACUAGGCAACCCUCUUCUCAAUCUGGCGGCUGCGUUAGGCCAAGCACCGGCAGGAGGGACGAAGCUUGGUGCACCGAGUGGAUUUGUGGUGAAGAAACGGUGGGAUGAUGAUUUGAUAUUUAAGAACCAGGCGCUGAAUGGAGCAGAGAAAGGGAAUGGAUUUGUGAAUGACUUGCUGCGGACAGAGUUCCAUAGGAAGUUUAUGCACAAGUUUAUAAAGUAGUUCUGUAGCAUUUCAUCCUGUACACUCUGGUUAAUACAUUGUAUAC